GAUGAACAGAAAUGUCAUUUUGACAUAUAACAUAAUAUAACCUAUAAUUUUUAUCAUUGUUGCUUUCUUUUGUGUGUGUUUGAACUUUUAUUAAAAUAAUAAUAAUUUAAAGAGAGUUAAAAACAACAAACGAGUUUAUACGGGUUGCGCAGAAUUUCAUCAUGUACGAUAACGAUGAGAAAACUACAGAUCAAACAUGGUUAGGCACACCUUUGUUGGAUAUGUACAAAGGACAGGUCCCUUGGUGUUUUAGCACCACGCUGAUUUCACCGUCCAAAUAUCAUCAUAUUUUAUAUGAAUUUCCUGCAUCUUUAAAAGAACCUCCACAACCACAUUACAAUUCACAUCCUAAACACUGGGAAGAUGAUUAUGUUCGAAUGCCUUAUUCUCCGCACAGUUUAUUUUUAGUGAAAGAGAAUGAAGAAGAAAUUGUAAAACCUAGAUGGGAGAUAAUAACGGAAGCACUCUCUCGGCCAAUUAACUCUGUAAAUGAACUAGAAAAAGCAAUAAGUUGUUACAAUAACAAACUUCCCAAGUUUAGCGCUUUACAUCACUUUUUUCAUGAAGUUUUAGAAGAAGAUGAAGCACAACACUUUUUCACACACUUAUUACCUAAAAUUAUUCAGCUUGCCUUACGAUUGCCUGAGUUUGUUCCAGGCAGCAUACCGCUGCUGAAGAAAAAUCACUCCAAAUCAGUUAGUUUUAGUCAGUUGCAAGUGGCUUCUUUGCUAGCCAAUGCUUUUUUGUGUACUUUUAUAUGGCGAAAAGAAAUGGCUGGAACGUAUCCUGGCAUUAAUUUUAUCAAAUUAUUCACAGCUGAUGAAAGAAUAAGUAGACAAAAUUGUGUUUCAGAAAAAUUAAAAUGUAUUCUCCAUUAUUUCAGACGAGUCACAGCAAAAAACCCAGUUGGUGUUAUAACAUUUGAAAGAAAGUAUGUACCAAAAAGUUACAUGCCUAGAUGGGACACUUUGGACAAUAAUUUAGGGAACACUAGAAUUCAUAUAACAAGUUCUGGUACAAUUGAAGAAGGACUUGGAUUAUUACAAGUUGAUUUUGCAAACAAGUUUGUAGGAGGUGGAGUCUUGGGUUAUGGCUGUGUACAAGAAGAAAUAAGAUUUGUUAUUUGUCCAGAACUCAUCAUCAGUAGGCUUUUUACAGAGGAAUUGGGAGAUGGUGAAGCACUUGUUAUAACAGGUGUGGAACGAUACAGUAAUUAUUCUGGUUAUUCUGAUUCAUUUAAAUGGAAUGGAAAUGUCAAUGAUGAAACACCAUUUGAUGAAUAUGGUAGAAGAAAAACCACUGUGGCUGUGAUAGACGCAACACGCUUUACAAAGUCAAAAGAUCAAUUUCACUGCUCAACAAUUUUAAGAGAAUUAAAUAAAGCGUAUGUAGGUUUCAGUAGCAAAGAGAAACAAAAUUUGUCACCAGUUGCUACUGGGAAUUGGGGCUGUGGAGCUUUCAAAGGGGACCCCAAGUUAAAAUCCAUAAUUCAGUUAAUGGCGUGCAGCGCCUCUGGUAGGGAUUUAGUCUACUACUCGUUUGGCGACACUGAACUGAGGGAUGAUUUCUAUAAAAUACAUCUGUUUUUGGCUAACAAUAAAAUACUGAUCUGUCAGUUGUGGAGGUACCUGUGUCGAUUCUGCACUGCAAAUUUAUCUCAAGAUAAACUGUACUGUUUCAUACAACAGUGCCACUUUGAUAUGAAAUCACAACCUACACUAAAACAGUUUUUAUGUUUUAAUACACAAAAGAGAAAAACUGAAGUUAAUAUGCCUUCAUCAUCCACUAAUGAUCAGGAAUUGAAAAACAAGAAAAACACACCAAAUUCGAAAGGCAUUAAAACAAGUGAAAUCUGUAAUAUAAAUUAUUCACAAAGUAAACAAAGUGGUAAAAAUACAAGUCCUAAAAAGUACCCCGCGCUACCAAUUUCUGUUGAACAGAAAAGUACAAAAAAAUCUCCUAUCAACAGUGAUGAAGUAAUUCAAAUAAUUGAUAUGAUUGAUGGUAGCAAGUCAGUAUCCAAAGAAAGUAGUAGUGAAGAAUUAACCUUGCUAACUGAAAUUGAUAGAAUAAAGAAAGUUGAUCAAAGUUCUUUUAGUAAUGAGCCAAAAAAAGAAUCAAUAGAGAUUGGCAUGGAAGAGGAUGUAGUUGAAGAACCCGCCAAACCUUUGAGUUUUAUUGAAGAUAAAAAACGGAAAAUUACCGAUUAUUUUUCAAAAAUGACAAAUCAUGUUAACAGUUAUUUAUAGUUAGUGUCCGAGAAUGAGUAACUAUCGUAAUGGCAUGUAGAUUUUUUAAGAAAAGUGCUAGAAAUAAUUUAAAUAAAUAAUUAAUUAAUCGUUAUAAAUAAAUUUGAUAUAAAAUAUAUUUUGUAUUACGAUUGC